AUGGCCGAUUUGGAGACGAAGGAGGCUACGCCGAGUCACGAAGGCGCCCUUACACCGCCUUCGCCAUCUUCACAGCCAUCGGGCAAGGAAUCAGCCGUUAGUGCCCAGGCCCUCGAUGGUACUGAAGACGCUGAUCCGCCACGAACUAUCCACGGUGUCAAGUGGUCCCUCGUCAUCUGCGCCCUCCUAUCGGCCUUGUUCCUUUAUGCUCUAGACAACACUGUUGUUGCGAAUGUUCAAGCAAAAGUCGUUCAAACAUUUCACCGCGUCGAUCUCGUACCGUGGCUCGGGGUUUCCUUCGCCUUAGCCUCGGCCGCUACAACCCUUCCAUGGUCAAAGGCCUACGGAACGUUCUCGGCCAAGAAACUAUAUCUUGGAUCUACAACUGUCUUCAUGGCGGCUUCAGCCCUCUGCGGUGCCGCGCCCGAUAUCAACUCCUUCAUUGUCGGUCGCGCGAUUGCCGGCGCGGGUGGUUGUGGGAUGUACAUGGGUCUCCUGACACUCUUGUCCGUAACAACCACCAAUGCCGAACGCCCCAAAUACCUGAGUCUUACUGGAUUCAUCUGGGGUAUCGGGACUGUUCUCGGGCCUGUUGUUGGAGGAGCCAUCAGCGAGAGCAAAGCGACUUGGCGCUGGGCUUUCUAUUUGAACCUGCUGGUCGGCGCCGUCGUGGGACCCAUCUACAUCAUCUUACUCCCCGACUUCAAACCCCAAGCGGGCGUUCCCCUCACUAAACGCCUAGCUCAGAUCGACUUCAUUGGGACAGCGCUCUCUAUUGGUGCAAUGCUCUGCGUCAUCAUGGCUAUGAACUUUGGCGGGGUUCUCUGGGGCUGGGAUGCGGGCGAGAGCAUUGGUUUGUUUGUGGCAGCGGGUGCCUUGGCGAUCCUCUUCGUCUUGCAACAAAUCUACUUUGUGGGCACAUCGAGAGAGAAUCGUCUGUUUCCUAUGCAUUUCUGGAAAAGCCGCACCAUGAUUUGCUUGUUCUUUACUAUGAUGCUUGCGACCUUCGGAAGCUUCAUCGGCAUCUUCUACCUGCCGCUGUACUACCAAUUCACCCGCGGCAUUACAGCAGUUGAGACUUCUGUCCAUCUUCUGCCGUUUAUCCUAUUCUUGGUUGCCUUCAACCUACUCAAUGGACAGUUUAUGGGACGUACUGGGUACUACUACCCGUGGUACAUUGCCGGUUCAGCCCUAGAACUCAUCGGUGGCGUUCUUCUCUACAUCGUCGAUGAACAUACCUCAAAUGCCAAGAUUUACGGGUACACCAUCAUUCUGGGCACAGGCGUCGGUUGUUUCUGCCAAGCUGGAUUUGCCGUCGCUCAGAUGAAAGUUCAGCCGGAUGAGAUCCCCUACAGCGUAGGCUUCAUGACUGUUGGUCAGAUGAUUGGCAUUGUCCUUGGCACAGGCAUGUCUGGAGCGCUCUUUGUCAACUAUGGGCAACGGGCGUUGGCGAAGGUUUUCCCCCACGUCUCUGCCGACGUGAUUUCUGACGCCCUCGCUGGUGUGGGCAGCGGCUUGAUUGACUCGGCCUCUCCUGAUGUGAGAGCUGAGGCGAUUCAUGGGAUCACUCGGGCAAUUCAGCUGGCGUAUGUACCAAUUAUUGCUGCUGGGGCAAUUUGCGUGGUAUGCAGUGUUUUCAUGCGCAGGGAGAAAGUCUUUUGA